AUGGAAGCUGGAAAGGUGUUAGAUGUUCUCUAUACUUUUCCUGUCGAGGGAAUACUGAACAAGCUGGCUUCACUUGCUGCUCAAGAAAUAAGCCUGUUCCGGGGAUUCAAAAAGGAACUAACAAAGCUUCGUCAAUCAUUACUCGAGAUUCAAGAUUUCUUAGGCGAUGUUGCCCACCAGCCACAAGAACGGGGCAAGGCAUUGAAGGACUGGGUGAGAAAACUGAAAGACAUAGCUGAUGAUGCUGACAAUGUCUUGGAUGAAGUCAACUAUGAAGAUCUUCGCAGGCAAGCAGAACUGUCAAACCAAAAGAGGAAAAAGGUACGCAACUUCCUUUCCAGCUCCAAUCCCCAUUUGUUUCGUCAAAAAAUGGCACAUAAAAUCAAGAGCAUCAACGCAUCUUUGUUGGAUCUCAAAUAUGAGGCAUCUUUCAUUGGACUAGUUUCCAAGAAAAUAGAUACAACCCCUCCAGAAAUUGGAGGGGCCAGAGAAACCGACUCAAUCUUUGAGGAAGAUGAAAUCGUCGUUGGAAGGAAUGAGGAUCUGUCAAAGAUAAUUACAAUCUUGACAAACUCCAACUUGGAUCAAGAAAAUCUUUCAGUAAUGCCCAUUGUCGGAAUGGCAGGCCUGGGGAAGACAACUGUGGCUAGGUCACUAUUCAAUAAAGAUUCUAUUUGUGGACAUUUUGAGAAGAAAAUAUGGGUGUGUGUAUCUAACACUCUUGAGGUCAAUUCGAUUUUAAGUUGGAUAUUAGAAUAUCUUAACCCAACAAAGGCUGGGAUACAACGCCUAGAUGCAUUGCUUAAAAACCUAGUACAAGAAUUGGAAAAAAAGAGAUAUUUUCUCGUGCUCGAUGAUGUGUGGAACGAAGAUCCUCAAAAAUGGAGCAAUUUGAUGACUUGUUUGUCAAAACUUCAUAGUGCCCAGGGAAGCGUUGUUAUUGUCACUACGCGCAGUGCCAGUGUUGCAUCAAUCACGAAAAAAGUACUUCCAAUGUAUGUUUUGAGAAGUCUAUCUGUUGAUGAUUGUUGGGACAUAUUGAAGAAAAGAGCAUUUCCAGAUGGUAAUGCUCCUAUUGCAAAAGAUCUAGAAACAAUUGGAAGGGAGAUUGCCAGGAAGUGUGCUGGUAUACCUUUAACGGCAAAGUGUUUUGCAUAUUGCUCAAAUUUCAAGAAAGAUUUUGAAAUGGAAAGGGCAGACUUGAUCCAGCUAUGGAUGGCUCAAGGAUUUCUAUGUUCUUCUCAUAACAAAGAUAUGGAGGAUAUAGGUGAUGAAUAUUUUACGAUUCUGUUGCAAAACUCCCUCUUUCAAGAUGUUAUAAGGGAUGACUUUGGUACUAUUAUCUAUUGCAAGAUGCACGAUCUUGUACAUGAUCUUGCUGAGCUUGUAUCAAGAUCUGAAAUGGAAGAUAAACUUGAGAAUCAACACGUGACAUGGGAUCCUUCCAAAUGUUCCAAAAGAAAUGUUGAGAAACGGCAGUCACUGUUUGUGAAUGGUGAUCAAGCCAUUAGUAAUAAUACAUUACUCAUAAGCUUUAAAGCUUUGCGUGUUUUAAAUUUGUACAGGGCUGAUAUUGAGGAGCUGCCGAGUUCAAUUGGCGUCUUGAUACAUUUGAGGUAUUUGAACGUUUCUCGAACAAAAAUCAAAGAACUCCCUAAGUCUAUUGGCAAGCUUUAUAACCUACAGACGUUAAGAAUGGAGGAUACAUGGAAUCUUAAAACGGUUCCAAAGGAAAUGGAAAAUUUGAUCAACUUGAGGCAUGUUUAUUUUAAUUAUGAUAUGCCAGUUCCAUUUGGGAUGGGACGAUUUGAACAUCUGCAAACAAUUUCUCCUUCGUUUACUUUGGACAAGGAAAGUAAUCGUGGAAUUGACGAGCUAGGUGGCUUAAACCAACUAAAAGGUGCACUAAUUAUUAGAGGUUUGGAACAUGUGAGGGACAGAGGCCAAGCAGGGGCAUCAAAUUUAGUUGGGAAAGCAAAUCUACGAAGGUUGACAUUAGAAUGGAGCUUUUAUUACAGUGUCAGAAAAGAGAAAGACAUUGAUGUACUAGAAGGCCUCCGACCCAACUCUGAGUUAGAAAUCAUAAAGAUUUACAAAUUCAUGGGUACCAAAUUAGCAUCAUGGAUGAUGAAUGGUUUGUUGCCACUCAAUUUGACAGAGAUUGGGUUAAUUAAUUGCAGAGAAUGUGAACAAGUCCCAUCACUUGGCCAUUUACCAAAUCUUAGGGUUGUUGAGUUUAGCUGUAUGUAUAACCUUAAAUGUGUGGGAGUUGAGUUUUAUGGUUAUAACCAUGUUAACGGUGCGGUUAUGAGUACGAAGAAGAAAGAGACUUUGUUUCCAGCAUUGAAAAGCUUAACUAUUGAUUAUUGCCCAGCUCUAAUUAAAUGGGAGGAACUGCCAACAGAUGAGAAAGUAGCGGUGUUUCCCUGCCUUGAGGAGUUGACUAUAAAGUUUUGCUAUAGUCUCGAGUUCAUUCCAAUUACCCUGGGCAAGGGCAUGCCAUGUCUCCGCAAAUUGCAGAUUCAGUUUUGUCAGAAAUUAUCAAGCUUGCCGACUAGCUUAGAAUAUUGCAUCUCUCUUCAGGAGUUGGAGAUUCGGGGUUGUCAUGGAUUGACAAGUCUACCGAGUGGGCUACCAUCCUGCACAUCUCUUAAGGAGUUAAGAAUCGAGUCAUGCGACAAUUUGAUAUCUCUGGCAGAUCUCGAUAUAUCCAGGUUGCAGUCUCUUUCCUCUUUACAUAUAUUUAAUUGUGGGAAAUUAAACUAUUUGCCAAUAGAGGGGCUACGCUCUCUUACGUGUUUAGAAUCUAUGAAAAUGGGUCCAUUUUCGGAGGAGCUCGAUUCUUUCCCUGAUUUUGAGCUUCCUUCACAAAUCCAAAGACUAGUGAUGAAAGGGUGGCCUAAUCUUAGGCUCAAGUCUCUGCCUCAACAAAUUCAACACUUGACUACUUCUCUAACAUCUUUGGAGAUUGAUUCUUUCGAUGGUGUGGAGGCUCUUCCAGAGUGGUUGGGUAACCUUACAUCUCUUACCACCCUGAGUAUCAGUCAUUGUAAGAAUCUGGUGUCUCUUCCUGCCGUUGAAGUUAUACAACGCCUCACCAAACUGCAAGAGCUAGUGAUUGAGGCAUGCCCCCGUCUAGGGGGAAGAUCCGCCCUCAAGAGCGGCCCAGAAUGGCACAAGAUUUCUCUCAUUCCACGUAUCGAUGGUAAUUACAAUAUUCUCAAAUGA